GAAAACGACGGCAAGCAAACUCUCUAGUCUACCUGUACAUUUUUACUAACACGCAUAGUUGUAUAAUUACUUUAAACAUCACGGCCUAACAUAUAUAUACAAGGGUCGAUAUAUAUAAAUAAUAAAGAUUGUGAAGAUAUAUCAUGGAGAGAGUGUGUUGCAUGUGCGGUGAUGUCGGUUUCUCCGACAAGCUCUUCAGCUGCGGUCACUGCCGCUGCCGCUUCCAACACUCUUAUUGUAGCAACUACUACGGCCAGUUUGCGGAGCCUACCGAGAUUUGCGACUGGUGCCGCAGCGACGACCGGAAGCUGAGCAACGUUGCUAGACAUGGCGGUUCUUCUUCAAAGAAGCCUUCUUCUUCGGUUAAAUAUGAAAAUGACUUCUCAAACAGAUCGGAAUAUUCGCCCGGCCACCGGAUCAAGCAUAACAAUAACCGUCACGAUCAAGUAGCCAAGGGCGUUGCUGGAGAUGGAGGCGGAGUUACGUCGCCUAAGACGGCCACACGAAGGUACAAGCUUCUCAAAGAUGUCAUGUGUUAGUUCCACCUAAACGAGAGGUAUUAGAAGACUUACUAUAAUCAUACUACUCUUUCGAGACUGUGUGAUUAAAUUAUGUAUAAUUAGACUACGGAGAGAGCAAAUUAAAAAAGAAAACGUCGUUGUUUGUUUUCAUCCUUUUUUCCUUUUUACUUUGUGUUUAUAUAUAUGAAAUGAAUGUGUGUUUGGCGUGAGCUUGUGUUUUCUUAAUCACCAUAUAAGCUAUUAAUAACUGCAAUUUGCGUAAAAGACU